AUGGGAGAAGAAAACUUCCAAGAAUUCUACACAAAGUGGAUCGGCGAGCAGCGCCAGCAAAUCGGCAUCCUCCUCCUCGCCUCCAAAUCUCCCCAAAUCGCCACCUCUUCUCCGCCUCUCUCCGUCUUAGUCACUCGCACCCUCGCCCACUACGAGGAAUACUACGCCACAAAAUCCAAAUGCGCCAAAACCGACGUCUUCCUCCUCCUCUCCCCGCCGUGGACCAGCCGCCUCGAGCACGCCUUCAUCUGGAUCGGCGGCUGGCGCCCCUCCGCCGCCUUCCACCUCCUCUACUCCAAGUCUGGCCUCCACCUCGAGGCCAGACUCUCUGGAGCUGGAGCUGCUGCUGAGGCAGAGGCUGAUGAUGACAGCCUCUGCCUCAGCGACCUCUCUGCGCACCAGCUGGGGCUCAUUGACGAGCUGCAGCGGAGCACGGUGAGGGAGGAGAGGAGGAUCACGGAGAAGGAGGCGAAGCAGCAGGAGACGGUGGCGGAUGAGGAGAUGGUGGAGCUGAGCGGUGCUCAUGUUGUGGAGGAGGAGGAGGAGAGGGUGGGGUUGGCUUUGAAGGGGAAGGAGGAGGGCUUCGAUAAGGUUCUGAGGAGCGCGGAUAGGUUGAGGUUGGAGACGUUGAAGGGGGUGGUGGGGAUCUUGUCGCCGAUGCAGGCGGUGCAUUUCUUGAUUGCGGCGGCGGAGCUGCAUCUCAGCCUGCAUGAGUGGGGGAUGGAGAAGGAUGAGAGAGAUGGUGUGCAAUGCAAUGCCUAG